AUAUGAUUCUCUAAUGAUGAUUACGGUGAUAAUGUCACAGAUUUUACUGUGAUCUCCAUUAAGACUCUAGAUUGGAGAUGAUGCUGCUGAGGUUGCUGGGGCAUUUGCCCCCUUUGUCCUUGUUACAAUCUGGUCCUGGAUUAGGAUUGAUUAUCUGAGAAUUGCUGCUCUGGAGAUCCUCCAAUAUCCUGUCCUGGAUCAUCACACCCAUGAUAAGCCACCAAUGAAGCUCUAUGGAAAAUGCUUGCUCCACUGGUCAGCGUAGUAUCUCCUAGCCUGCAGGUCGCUUAGGUAAGACACCAUGGAUGCUUUGCGAACUCACUGAUGCUUGGUGAAUUUCUUGUAAAAACGAUUAAAUCAUCAUAUCCUGAGUUCCUAGAGCCACGCUCCUUGCACGAGAGAUUCGGGUUAUUGGAAAACCCUGGAGCAAGCAAGUGGAACACCAAGGUUAAUGGUUGACAGGGGAUGGGUCUACAAGGAACAGACAAAGGUUGCCCUGAACAUUUGGCCUGUCUUGUCCCUAUGACCCUCCUCAUACCCAGAGGAAAUGGUGGGCUCAGCUGUUCCUCAAUGACUCCUUAGAAGCUGCUACGACCUGGGACCGAGAUGUCUGUGCUCUGCUGUGGGACCCAAAGUACCCGUCAAUCUUCCUAUCGACCUCAUGAGACCCCACCUUGGCUGCUCAGCGUCUUCUUUGCACUUCAACACCUUUUGGUCCAGACGUCUCUGCUGUGUACCUGCCACAGCCUCUUCCUGCAGCAUCGUCCGCUGACACCCCAAGAUCAGAGUCGUUUAUUGGCCCGGAGCCUCUUCAUCUGCGGGAUCAGCACCAGCUUACAAAGCAGUCUGGGAACAAGGUUACCCCUGGUGCAGGCUCCAACCUUCGAGCUGCUCAUCCCGGCCAUAAUCCUCAGCAAAUACAAUGAUGUGAAUGAAACUACGGCUGGAGCCGAUGCUGAUGGGUCGCUGCACUGCGCAGGAAUCUCGUGUGACCUCCAGCCAGUCAGAGAGGUUUCGGGAUCGCUGCUCGUCGCUGGGCUCCUGCAGGUUCUCUUCGGAGUCUCUGGACUCUGGGGCUGGAUUCUGCAGUUCUGUGGCCCGAUGGUCGUGGCCCCAGUGCUCUCCAUUAUCGGACUUUCCUGUUACAAGCCUGCGGCCAUGCUCUGUGCCUCCAACUGGGGGAUCUCCCUGAGCCUGAUUGCAGUGACUGGUCUAUUGUCACAAAGCCUCCGCUGCGUGCACCUCCCUCUGUAUACCUGGAGACGGGUGGAGAAGAGGUACGCCCCGGUACUCCGUAUGCUCUCGAUGUUCCUCCCUGUUUCUUGCAUCUGGAUCGUCUGCAGUUUUUGGCUUGAUGAUCCGGUGGAGUUUCCAAGUGACGUCCGUCUGGUACAGAACCAAUCGUUACUCGCUGCAGAGAAACCCCAGCGGGCGAUCUCUGCGCUCGUGGAGAACUUCACCAAACCCGCCCCAUGGUUUCAGUUUCCAUAUCCAGGAGCCCUGGGAUGGCCACAUCUGAGCCUAGAGACGGCUGGUGUGGGUGCAGCAAUGGCCAUCAUCUCCUGCAUGUCCUCGCUAGGAUGCUACAUCUUAUGUGCUCGGAUGUUGAGAUGUCCUCCGCUCCCACCACAUUCCUGUAAUCGCGGGAUUAGUAUGGAGGGGAUCGGAAAUAUCUUAUCUGGAGUUCUAGGCAGUGUGUGCGGAGCAGGAUCCAACAUUCCCAGCUCGGGCAUCACAGGAAUCACACAGGUUGGCUCACGCCACUCGGCUCAGCUGUGUGCACUGCUGUUUACUCUCAUUGGCUGCUCUCCGAGGCUCUCACAGCUUCUAAUGACUAUCCCUUCCGCUGUCCAUGGAGGCACCCUUUCUCUGACAUUCUCUAUGGCAGUGGGUGGCGGAGUUUCCUUCUUCCAGUAUGCAGACAUAGACUCAGGAAGAAACAUCUUCAUUGUAGGCUUCACCAUGUUCAUGGCUUUACUGGUUCCACGCUGGCUUAAUGCCGUGCCAACAAACCUGGACACAGGCUGGCCUGCGCUGGAUAUGCUCCUUCUGUCACUUCUCACCACUCCUAUAUUCCUGGGGGGGUUAUUCUCAUUUAUUCUGGACAACACAGUAGAAGGAACCUUGAAGGAACGAGGUCUGCAGUCAAAUGUCUCUGCAUGGGACUUGUCAUUCAAAGAAGAGACGCACAAGAAUCAGGAAGGCGAGCUGGCACAGACUUAUGAACUCCCUCCUGUACUGGCAUGCCGCUUACCAGCCACAUAUCCAUUCACCCAGCUGUGCCCUCCACCAACUAAGUCCAUAGCAAUUGCGGAAGGAGAGGAUGACAAACUUCUGACGGCGCCUCCUGUGGUGGAUAUAGAGCUGGGAUGUAUGCGGAGCACGGACACUUCUGGAGCCUCUGUUUAGUCAUUGCUGCAAUAUUUAUAGUGAUAUUUUUAAAGGGAUAUUUUAUUUUAUAAAGGAAUUUAAUAAAAGAACAUUACAGGGA